GCGGAGCGGGCUGACAUGGAUGUGCUUGGGCCACACUUCACCAAGGAGUCUGUCUCUCCCCCCGCCCAGUCCCUGAUACAAGAUUCAGAAUGGUUUGCGUUGGGUCCACAAGAGAAGUUGGCCUGGGUUAAAGCAUCUAGAGACCCUAGGAUUGCUGAAGGUCAGCAGUCCCCACUGGAGAAAAAAAUAUUGAAUCUAGGUGGUGUGCAUACAAAAGCAGCAAGACAGCUGAGAACUCAAAAAAAUCAAGAAGAGUAUCAAACACUCUAUAGGGAGCAAGGCCUUUCCCUUGACUACUGGCUCGCCCGAGUGGAGUCUUAUUAUAGUAAAGGAUUGGUGGGAACGAUGAAAGAACAAGAGAUAGGCGAUGGGAUCGAGAAGAAAUGGGAGGGGAAGACAACGCAAAGCACAGAGAGACAGAAGCAGUGGUGCUUGGUGCCUGAGAGAGAGAUGAGACACAUAGAGAGGCAAGUGCGCCAGGCAGCACAGGCCAGAGAACUCACAGAGAAGACGUUUCGACAGUUACUGCGCUCCCCUUCUGAAACGGCACUCCCGAAAAUCGUGUUCGAGGGGCCUGGUGUCCAGAAUGCACAGAGAAGAAAACAGGGAAGCAGCGGCCAUGCCCUGAGAGCCCAGCUGGCCCGUGCCCGCCCCUCGUAUGAGACACUUACUUGUGGGAACCUCCUUGGUGCUGGCAGCGCUCUUCCUGGAGUGAACGAAGAGAAGUCCCUGCUCUCGGUUCCAGCUCGUGGCAUAGGCCUCCGCGCAGAGGGAGAGGUGGUGAGGCUGAGGUGGAGGUGUGCAGAGCAGUUGCACAGAAGAGGGCCCUCCCGGGUCUGGGUGAGCAGGGAGUCUUCCUUCUCUGCCUUCUAGACAAGGUCACCCACAUGUCCUCUUAAGACACUGGCAGCAGCAUACAGCUUCACUCAAGUCUGAACAGAAGGGUUCCCCGAGAAGGAGUACUGGGAGUCCCCGUUAAUACCAGAAUGCUCAAGUCCCUGGAGAUUCAGGGACUCGGUGACAUCCCGCGAAUCGGUGCCACAUGGCAUUCUGAGCCCUCAAGCAUGCUACGGCAGCCCCAAAGGAGUGCUGAGCUGGGAACUGGGACAUUGGUUUUGGGCCCUAUGUUGGCUGGCUGCUAUGAGGAAGCCCUUACCCCUAGAAUCACAAUUGGGAUAAUAAACCCUUCCUCACCCAGUUGUUCCCAUGAGGUAAGAAAUAGCGCUUUAUACGCAUAAAGUGCCACAAUAUAAAUUACUGCCCUACUGUUGGUUUUCUUCCCCUACUUUCAUGCUGUGCUAUACAUUCCUCCCCAAAUCGAAGCAUGGAAACCCCAUAAUUCAAGUUUAAAAUGCUAAAAAUAAAUGUUUGUUUUUUUGUUGUUGA